GUGUGUGUGUGUGUGUGUGUGUGUUUCGUGCGCCAUUCGGGCAGCUGCCCCUUGGGGAUCCCCUCUUUCGCCUUGACCCCAUCUUCCCGUCUCUUCCCGUGGGCUGGGCAGAAGGUCCCUGGCUCCCUCGCUCUUGGGGCUCCCCACCCCAUUUAUAUGAAGAAAUACCAGCGGGGCUCGGGCCCCUCGCGAGUGCCUUCCCGUGGUGACUGCCUUGGGGGACAGGCCCCCCCUUCAGGGCCGCCGAGCCCGCCCCAAACUGGUGUCAGUAAAACGAUGAGUCUGGAGACUGUGAGUGUGUUCUGGGCUGGGGCCGGGGCCGCCGGCGAUGUCCCUGAUGCGAUGUCCCUGAUGCGAGCGUCUGCUCACCCCCGCCCCUUCCUCGGCUCCUCUGCCCUCUUCUGGGCCCCUCUCCUGCCUGCCUCCCCCACCACGGUGUGUUCCCCCAUGGCCACCAGGGGGCGCCGUAACUAGUAAUACCAUACAGUAGUCCAAGCUCCUCUGCUCAACGUCCUCUCUCCCGCGGUGCCCAUCCGGUGGAGUCCCCGCAGCUGACUGGCGCAGGAUCUUCACAACCGCAUCGAACCCCCAAGCCUUUCCUCCCUCCUUUCACGCUCCCUCCAGCAAUUGUCCCAGGCUUGCUACUACCACAGGACCUUUGCAUGUGCCGCAGCCUGUGCUUUUCUUCCCAGAUAUGCACUGGCUCCCUCCCUCCCCUUCAAAUCUCAGGCACCACCUCUUCUGGGAAGCCUUCCCUGUAACCUCCUGUGUAAACGGCCUUGCUUUCCCGAGGGGCUGUCACCUGUCCUGUCAGCCCCGUAGCCUUUAUCAUUUGUCAAAGGUUUAGGAUUUUACUCCCCACACCUGGAUCCGCAGCGGGGCGCCCCCCGGCGGUGCUCCAUGAGGAUUUGCACGAAGCCCGGUACCAUCUGCUGUGCCGGCCCCCACUGCGACAUCCCGCGUCCACGUGGCGGCUCCACGUUCAACUUUCCUCAGAGCCACAGCCGGAGCGCCAUCCCUUUCUCAUGCACCCAACUUCCCUAUUUCCGUGGCGCCUAACGCCAUCUAACUGAUCUCGUCAUCUGGAUAAGCGCUCCUGCGCGUCCCCGGCGCUUCCCGGGCACAAGGGGGGACUGAAUGACAAAACGCGCUCAGCACAUCCUAAGGGCUAAUAAAUGCUCCCAGGAUGAAUAAAUAACAGAUCCCCAGACUGGGAGGCCCCAGCCCUGCCUCCCUUCCCCCAGGAGGCCCCGAAGUCCGCACUAGCCCGCGCUACCCUGUUGCCUGACCUUUCUCCCGCGGGUCAGUUAAACCCUCCGUCUUUCCCGCCCACCGGACGGGUUUGAAAACCGAAAACCCCGCCGUCGCGGGCGGUCCACAGGGCGCGCGUUCUGUCCAAUCGGGAGCGGUACCGCCCACGCCGGGGAGCGAAACCUCCUCAGCGACGCGCAUGCAUUGGCUGGUGCCGACUCCGUGGGCGGGGCGACGCAGGGUCGCUCGCUGGGCAAGGCCGCACCGCUACAAUGUGGCGAGUUCGUAAGAAAACAAAUCGGGGGCGUGGCCGCGAGCGCGUUGGCCCCGCCCCCGGAGGCUGAGUCGGAGGCCGCGGCCGCGCAGGCUCAGAGCAGACCCCGCCCGCGGAGGAGGAGGAGGUGGCGGAGGAGGGACGGAGCUCGUGCACCCGGACGCGCGCAACCGCUUCGGCAAGACGGCGCUGCAGGUGAUGAUGUUCGGCAGCCUCGCCGUGGCCCGGGAGCUUCUGAAACACGGCGCCAGCCCCAACGUCCAGGACGCCUCCGGCACCAGCCCGCUCCACGACGCGGCCCGCACUGGAUUCCUGGACACGCUGAAGGUCCUCGUGGAGCACGGCGCCGAUGUCAACGCGCCCGACGCCACCGGGGCGCUGCCCAUCCACCUGGCCGUGCGCGAGGGCCACGCUGCGGUGGUCAGCUUCCUGGCCGCCGAGUCCGACCUCCAGCACAGAGAUGUCACGGGGCUCACACCCCUGGAGCUCGCCCGGCACCGGGGGGCUCAGGACCUCGUGGACAUCCUGCUGGGGCACACGGUGAUCCCGCUGUGACCCGGGGGCGCCUGCUGCAGCCGGAGAACCCCGUGGGUUUAUCUGUCGGGAGAGGAGGGCAGAAACACUUCUCUCCUUGCCGCUCCUGCCCACUGAAGAAGGGGAGGAGGGCCAGUUUGUGGCUUCUUGGUGUUGAUUUCUGGGGUGUGUGUGUUUCGGGGACGUUUCUCAUUUGUUCCCCACCCUUUUGGUGUGUUGGACGGAGAAGGACUCCUAUAGGCCACAGCCAACUAAACGGUUCAGCUCCUUCCACAUCCCGGGCCCCUGGGGCUGCAGAGGUGACCCAAGGGCGGAGAGUUUAAAGCCCCAGCCCCAGAGUGAGGUCGUCCCCACCAGGGCUUCUGGAGCCUGGUGACCUUGGCCGGCUGUGCGCAGAGUCCCGUGUGUGCCCCGCCUUGGGCAUGGGGGGAGGGGGAACGUUUCAGAUUAAUCAAAGGGUAAUGUGAGUUCAUUCAUAUUUUGUUGGAAACUCGUUUUCCAAUCUCUUGUACAGCGUUGAAAAAAAAAUUCUAUUUAUUAAGCUUUAUGGAAAAAAUUGUGUGUGUGUGUGUGAUAAUUUAACGUUUUUACCCAUUAAAUUAAGACUUGCGUACGUUCA